AAGAGUACAAACUGAGGAGAGUGUACAGACUGAGGAGACCGACAACCUGAAGAAAAUAUGACCGUUGGAGAGUCCAACAAAAGGCAGGCGUUUUCAAAAUCUUAUCAUUAUUAUUUUAAUCCAACAAAUUGAAUUUCCCAUCAAUGCAUCGAAUCCGAUACCAUCGAACAGUCUUGACACUUAGAUAAAGCGCAACCACAUGAUAUAUACCUCUCCUUUAUUUCUCUCUCUAUAUACUCUCUCUCUCUCUCUCUCUAGAAGUUUCUCUCUCUCUACUGGGUUGAGUUGAUUGUGGGUGAUAUGUCAUUCUAAGAAAUCAAACAGGAAGAAGAGCUUGUGGUGCGUCGACGUUGAUGGCGAAGAGGAACGCAGAGGAGAUGAUUGCAGCAGAGGGGGUGGAGGUAGAGAGAGAAAGUGAGGCUCAUCCGUACGCGUUUCAUGUGUCUGGACCUCGCAAUGUUCCUUCUCCUAAUUGGAGAGAUCUAAUCAACUCUAGUUGGAAGGAUGCAAAUUAUAAAAGGACGGUAAUUGCCUGCUUCAUACAAGCAGUUUACUUGCUUGAACUUGAUAGACAAGAAAUCAGGACAGAAGAAAAUGCUCUUGCUCCAAAAUGGUGGAUACCUUUCAAGUACAAGCUGACCCGAACCUUAGUUGAUGAGAGAGAUGGAUCCAUUUUUGGGGCAAUACUGGAAUGGGAUCGAUAUGCAGCUCUGGCUGACUUUAUACUAAUUCGACCCAGUGGUGCACCAAGAGCGGUUUUGGCACUUAGGGGAACAGUACUUAAAAGCCAAACGAUCAGAAGAGAUAUAGAGGAUGAUCUCCGUUUUCUAGCUUGGGAAAGCUUAAAAGGCUCUGUCAGAUUUAGUGGAGCCUUGGAGGCAUUAAAAUCAAUUGCUGAUAGCUAUGGAAGCAGUAAUGUGUGCAUUGCAGGCCAUUCAUUAGGGGCUGGCUUUGCUCUUCAAGUGGGAAAAGUACUAGCUAAACAAGGAAUAUUUGUGGAGACCCAUUUGUUUAAUCCACCUUCUGUUUCGUUGGCUAUGAGUUUAAGAAACAUAGGAGAAAAGGCUGGGUUUGUUUGGAAGAGGUUUAAAUCAAUGCUUCCUUCAAGUGGUGAAACUCAGGCCAGCAGUGAUGAGGGAGCAAAAACUUAUGGUGUAGGAGGACUCAAGAAUUGGGUACCUCAUUUGUAUGUGAACAACAGCGACUAUAUUUGUUGCUAUUAUACAGAUCCACCUGCUGCAGAAGAAAACCAUGCUGAGAAGGAGAAUGUGGGUCCAACAAAUGGGCAAGUCUCUGCAAAGCUUUUUGUGUUGUCAAAGGGAAAACAGAAGUUUCUUGAGGCACAUGGGUUAGAACAGUGGUGGUCUGAUGACUUGGAACUCCAACUGGCUCUUCAAAACAGCAAGCUCAUAAGUAGGCAGCUGAAAUCCUUGUAUAGCCUUCCAGCUCCACAACAAGUGCUAUGCAAACCUCAAUAAUACAAGCUUAUUGGUCCACAAGCAUUGAUAUUCAAGUACCUCCACCUAAAACAUCCAAACGUCCCAAGAGGGCCAAGAGACCUCACUGCGUGCCACAGCUGGAGAAUUUUAUGUUUUUCUUAUGAUCAUGGAGUGCAUUGAUGUCUGGAGGAUCUGAUUGCCAAGUCAAGGAUGUAGAUAGCGAGGUUAGAGGAGUCUUAGAGGAGGAUGAAGCCUGAAGGUGAAGAAGAUGAGGGUCGUGAUGGUGGAGAUUAGAUUUUAGUUUUUGAGUGUUUCUGUUUCUUUCUUUUCACUAUUUUUAGUCUAUGAAUGUUUUUCCCAUGCUUAAGCUUUAGAGGUUUCAAUGUAAAGGACUAUUCCUUAGCGUCGUUUGUUUCUUUUCAUGAAUGGUUCUUAUA